CAGAGUUCUUGGAAUUUUGGAACAACAUACGCGGCGCCAGGACUACGCAACUGUUCUUAUACUCCGCCUCUCUAACUAUGUAUGAUUAAUAUAAUAAAAUCAAUCCGUUUGCCUUAGCUGUUCUUUCUCCCCUUAAAUUGUAUUUAUACGGAUAUUUAGACAGCCUUCCAGCCAGAUCAGUAUAUUCAGCCUUCAAAGCCAUAGUAAAUCCUUCUUACGGCCAUGGCCUCUGAUCUAUCUGUGAUCCUCCCUCGCGUUCUCAUCGUCUCUAGACGUACCGUUCGCAAAAACAAGUUCGUGGAUUUUGUCGGUGAAUAUCAUCUCGAUCUCAUUGUAGGCUAUGGUGCAGUACCGGUCAUUGUUCCUCGUGUGAACGGGGUUCAUAUGUUGUUGGAGAGCUUCGAGCCCAUCCAUGGUGUUCUUCUUUGUGAAGGAGAGGACAUUGAUCCGUCUCUAUAUGAAGAUGAAACCUCUGGUCUUUCGCCAGAAGAAUGGGAAGAAAUCAGGGGGCUUCAUUCGAGUGAUACCGCUGUUGAUAAAGAAAAAGAUACGAUCGAGUUGAGGCUCGCGAAGCUCUGCCUAGAAAGAAACAUACCCUAUCUGGGAAUCUGCAGGGGUUCACAGGUAUUAAAUGUUGCAUGUGGGGGUACCCUUUACCAAGACAUAGAGAAAGAGCUAUCAAAGAAGUGCCCAGAAAGGCCAAGUGUCAAGCACAUUGAUUAUGAUAAUUAUGAUGGGCAUAGGCAUGUGGUUAAGGUGGUGGAGAAUACCCCCUUGCAACAUUGGUUCAAGGAUUCUUUGGAGGAUGGGAGAAUGGAGAUUAUGGUGAAUAGUUAUCAUCACCAAGGGGUUAAGAGAUUGGCUCAGCGAUUUGUGCCAAUGGCAUUUGCACCUGAUGGUCUAAUUGAAGGAUUUUAUGAUUCGGACGCUUAUAAUCCUGAUGAGGGUAAGUUUAUUAUGGGACUUCAAUUUCAUCCAGAGAGAAUGAGGCAGCAUGAUUCGGACAAAUUUGAUUAUCCAGGAUGUCCAUUUGCUUAUCAGGAGUUUGUGAAGGCGGUUGUUGCUUAUCAGAAAAGGCUUAACAGCAAAACAUUAGUACCAAAACCGCUAAAGCUCGAUCAAGAAAUGGAGAAGAAAAGAAAAGUUGUUAUGCAGAGUUUCUCGAUUGCAAGAAAUAUUUACACAACUGGAGGUGGGAUUCCUUCCUGGAAAGAAUCUGAACUAGAAGCUGGAGCAGAAUUUCUUGAGUCAAACACAACUUUGAGCUUGCAACAAGAGAAUAGGCUGAAGCAGAUGGGUGCAACAGUGAGGAAUGGAGGGUCCUACAUAGAGAGAUUGAAGUUGAAUGCGGAGAAAGAGAAGUUAGCAAAUAAUGUGAUGGGAAAAAUGACAGUGGAGCAGCUGUCUGAUCUGUCUUUCUACCACAUGUUGGGGCAGAUAUGUUCAGAAGUACUCGAAAGAAAGCUAAAUGGCAUUGUCAAUGACCUUGGUUCUUGACCCUUUUUUUUUCCUAUCCCUGCUAUCUGUUAAAAGCAGGAUGAUCCACUCCUUUUAGGAUUCACAUGAAUCCUGAUCUAUGGAUCUGUACGUGUAUUUGCCUCUCUUAUUUCUUUCCAUCAGAGAUAAUAAGAUGUCAGUUUAUUUUCUCUUUCC